AUGAACUUCACAUUUACCCUGUUUUCGGUAGCCAUAUUUCCUCUGGCUCUGUUUGCUAUCUGGACUCUGUCGGCAACGGGGCCGUCAUCACCCUUUGGGCGUGGAUUUCCAACCUUAACCAACAAACGGAUAUGCCUCUUGAUUGCCCAUCCAGAUGAUGAAGCUAUGUUCUUUGCACCGACCCUGUUAGCCCUUACAAAGCCUGAGCUGGGAAACCAUGUUAAGAUACUUUGUCUAAGUUCAGGUGAUGCAGCUGGUCUCGGGCACAUUCGCAAGCAAGAACUCCAGAAGAGCGCACUCCGACUUGGCUUGCGCAAUGAAUCGGAUGUUUUUAUUGUAGAUGAUCCAAGCCGGUUCCCAGAUAGCAUGACUGCUACCUGGUCCGAAGACAAUGUUUCUGGCCUUCUCGCUUCUGCAUUUGCCCCUAAUAUUGCCGCUCAAGCAUCAUCUCAGUCGGCGCCGGUAGCAACUAUCGACAUACUUCUUACUUUUGAUCAGUCAGGUGUUAGCAAUCAUCCGAACCACCGGUCCCUCUACCACGGGGCACGCGCAUUCCUGAAGGCUCUAAUGCGUGGAAGUUCUAACCACCCUUGCCCUGUCACUUUAUACACCCUCAUUUCGACAAACCUGGCAAGAAAAUACAUAGGUGUCUUUGACGCUCCUAUAGCCAUGCUAAAUGGCGUAAUAAGCUAUGCAUCGGGUGGCUCUGGUGCGAAGGACACACGUUCAACAUCAACAUCUAAAACCCAGGAGCUAAGAGGAGUCCGUGAACAACCACCAGCAAACAGGUUACUUUUCGUCAAUUCUGUAGCCGACUGGCUUUCCGGAUGGAAGGCUAUGGUGUAUGCACAUAAGAGUCAGAUGGUCUGGUUUAGGUGGGGAUGGAUUACGGUAGGAAGAUACAUGGUUGUUAAUGAUCUGAAGAGAGAGGUGGUAUAA